AUGACUUCUCCUAUCUACCUUGGUGUUAUCGGUGUCGGCGGCGUUGGCACUGCCUUCCUAAACCAGCUCGCCCGCCUCCCCAACGCUCCCCAGCUCGUCCUCCUCGCCCGCUCCUCCCAAACCCUCCUUUCCCCCUCCCCGGCCUACAAGCCCAGCAUUCCCGCUGGUGACUGGAAGACCGCCUCCGAAACUCCGUCUCUCACCAAGUCUGGUGCCCUGUCCGUCGACGAAAUCGCCUCCUACCUCUCCUCCACUCCCGGCCGCGCUGUCCUCGUCGACAACACCAGCGACCCCGCGCUGGCGAGCUCAUACCCCGUCUUCCUGCGCAAGGGUAUCUCGGUUGUGACGCCCAACAAGAAGGGUUUCUCGAGCGACUUGAGUCUGUGGAAGGACAUCUUCGGUGCUGCCGCUGAGGGCAAGGCGCUGGUUUACCAUGAAAGUACCGUGGGUGCGGGGUUGCCUGUGAUCUCGUCGCUGAAGGACCUGGUCGCUACCGGUGAUCAAAUCACUCGAAUUGAGGGUGUUUUCUCGGGGACGCUGUCGUUCUUGUUCAACACCUUCGCCCCUGUAUCCGGCGGUGCUGGUGCUUCUGCUAAAUGGAGUGAGGUUGUUGCCCAGGCCAAGGAGCUUGGCUAUACCGAGCCUGACCCGCGUGAUGACCUGAACGGCAUGGACGUUGCCCGGAAACUCACUAUCCUUGCCCGUAUCGCCGGUCUGGACGUGCAAGGACCCGACUCAUUCCCGAUCGAGUCGCUCAUCCCCAACGAGCUUGCUUCCCUUCCUUCGACCUCUGACGGUAUCACCCAGUUCAUGACCCGUCUCCCCGAGUUUGACAGCCAGAUGUCCGCUAUCAAGGACGGCGCUGAGAAGCAGGGUAAGGUUGUGCGGUACGUUGGUAGCGUGGACACGGCCAAGAAGGAAGUUCGCGUUGGACUGCAGUACUUUGACAAGGACAGCGCUAUUGCUGGUCUGAAGGGCAGCGACAACAUCAUCAGCUUCUACACGGAGCGCUACGGCCCCAACCCGUUGAUCGUGCAGGGUGCUGGUGCUGGUGGUGAUGUGACUGCUAUGGGUGUUACGGCUGAUCUGCUCAAGGUUCUUGAGAGACUGUCUUAG